AUGAACGACGGAGUAUUAUUAUCGUUAGAUUUUGUCGACGCGAGAGCGUUUUCACUUUCGCUUUCCGCGUUGUCCGCGCUUUCGCUGAGCUUAUUUUCAGUCGAUCUUCAACAGACGACGACGCUUCUCCGUUGCGCUUCAAAGAAGAAGAAGAGAAAGAAGUCGGUUUUCUUUUUAGAAACGACGACGACGACGACGAAAGCGUGGACGACGACGAGGUCGAUCAGAGACGCGAGAGACGUUCUCGAAAGAAUGAAGAGGAAUACCUCGAGUGAAGAAGGAGUUUCGGUGAAGCAACGCGUGAGCAAAGAAGACGUCCUCGUUUCAACAAUUUCGAAAGAUGGAGAAUUUUCGGUGGUGGAGACGUUUGAAACGCCGUCGAAAGCGGACGAAGAGUUUCGAACGAUGGUUGAAAUCGAUCUAAAGAAAAAGAACGACGAGGAAGGAGAAAGAGCGGACGAGCGAACGGUCGCGUCCGUCCUCGCGCACGCGUUGGCGAUGUUGGCGCGCGAGAGCGCGUUCUCUCGCGGAAAGGAAGAGGAGGAACGAGAGCGUGACAUUUUUGACGUCGUUUUGAAGCGCGAUGGAAGAUCGUUGGCGACGAUUGAAGGCGAGGAUUGGAACAGGACGAUAGAGGAAGAGGAUGAAGGUGUUGACGGCGGCGUCGGGGAUGUCGUCGACGAUAGGAUGAUGGAAAAGGAUGGAGUGGUAUCCCAUGCGGAUAUUGUCGCGAAAGCUUCUUUUAAAGGAUGCGAGGUGACUCUCGUGUUCUCACGAACGAAAGAAGCAGAGCUGCGCAUAGGAAACGAUACGAGAGGGACCGCGUCGUCUUGGAUACGCGAGGAAGAAAACGCAGGGAAAAAAGAUAUCAGAGUAAAAAAGACGUUUUCGCUCAAUCCGACGCAUAUCGAGAGCGAAGAGUCGAAAGCGCUCGACGUCUUGUUUCAACUUCCUUCACAUUUUUGGUCAAAAUUUGGAUUUCAUCCGAUCCGUCGUCUUCGUCGGCGGCGAAAGGAAAAAACAGAUUCGGACGAAGAGGUUAACGAUGAGGACGUAACUGAAAACGAUGACGUAUCCUUCUUCCGUGUAUUUGACACUCCAGAGUUUGGAACUUACGUCUACGAUUGUGAUUCUGACGACGAAGGAGACCAAGACGACGAAACCGGUAGAUCAGCAGCGGCGCGAGGCGAACCCCGGCAAGGCGCAGAAGAGGACGACGGAGUGGAUUUAGAAGAAGAGAUGGAACUGCUCGAUUUACGAAAACAAGUCCAAGAAUUACCAGACUUUGCCGCGAUGAAAACGAACGAGGAAGAGAUGGACGCGCACAACGUACAACAUUUACAGGAGCUGUAUUUACGCGACGUGUGUGUCGUUUGGCGGCAAUCGAAGGAGAAUGAGCAACGACAACAGCUUACUUCGCCUUCUCUACCUGAACGCUUCAGAACGUGUUUCGAAAAGGCUUUCAUGGAAGCGAAGCGUAAGAACCGCCCAAACUUUACCUCAAAGAGAGAACGCAAAGAGUGGAGGAUUGGCGAGCGGAUCAUGCGCAACGCGGCAAAUAUAUAUCGAAACGCGGUUGUAAACACCGAUUUAAUGAUUGAUGUCGCAAAAGCUGACGAAAAUAUCGAAGAUUGGGAAGGGAAAAUCUGUACUUUGCUUUGCCAAAAGAGAGCGUUUGGCCAGAUACCGCUGCAGGCGCAGCAACAGAAACAAAAGCAAAAACAAUAA